UCGUUUUCCCAUUAUAUUUUGGUUGGAAUGAGGAAGAAAAGAACGGAAAUUUGUUUGCGUAACCAACCACUCUCACCGAUUGGUUUCAUCCUUCAAUAGCAAUUGCAAUAAUUAUUAUUAAUAUUAUUAAAAAAUUAAUAAUCGCUUCCCUCGAUUUCCCAGUACCCACUUCCCCUCCACCAUCUAUUCUAUAUCCUCAUUUCAAUCGCAUCUUCAUCUUCAUCGCCAUCCUCAUCUCGUAUUCUCUAGAUCUCUCUCUCUCUCUCCCCCUCUUUUCUUUACGUUUCGCUGGAAGGUUCUAAAAGAUCAUUCUUGAAUCUUGAUGCUCCUGUUUGGUCUGGUUUCUUUCCCGGCGAUUCUCUUCUAGAAGUCUAUUUAAUUUCAAUCUGGAGGUUUGAAGUGGAUAGCAUUGUGGGUGCUUUCCCGAUAAUCCAAAGGGUGGAAUAUCAAGGUGGCGAUGGAUUCCACUUGCUGUUUCUGCUUCUCAUGUUGAGUUUGUUUGGAUCUUCACAAGAUAUUUGGCGGAAGCUUCCUUUCAUUUCUUAAAAGACGUGUUACCUAAGCUUGGUAGGCAUUCAACUGGGUAAAAUGUUGGGGGGCAACAAUGGAAAUCCUGUUCUUCCUGUUUUCCUGGACGAUGCUCACAUGCAAUAUCAAACUAAUGCAGCAAAUCAACUGCAGCUGUUUGGGAACUUACCUGCUGGUUGUAGUGUUGAUCCAGUUAAUUACUUCGGAAAUGAGCAUAUUAGUUCUAUGGUUCGGCCAACCAGACAAACCAGGGAAAUAGAUGACAUGUCCAAGCAGCAAAGGCUUCAGAUUUCCUUAAAUUACAACUUCGGUCAAGAUGAACCUGAUCGAUCGGCAAGUAUUCCAAACCUAAACCCAAAUCCAAAUCCAAAUCCAAAUCCAAACCCUGUGUCAACAGGAUUGAGGUUGUCCUAUGAUGAUGAUGAGCGUAACUCAUCUGUCACUUCUGCAAGUGGAAGCAUGACGGGCGCACCUUCAAUUGUAUUAUCCCUUGGUGACAGUAUUAGAACUGAGCUUGAUAGACAGAAGCAAGAAUUGGACCAGUAUAUUAAACUUCAGAAGGAACAAUUGUCAAAAGGAUUGAGAGACAUCAAACAAAAGCACAUGGCAUCUCUUCUUACUGCCAUUGACAAAGGCGUAAGCAAGAAGCUAAGGGAAAAAGAUAUGGAGAUAGAGAACAUGAACCGUAGAAAUCGAGAACUAGCAGAGAAAAUAAAGCAGGUAGCCAUGGAAGCACAAAACUGGCAUUACAGAGCCAAGUACAACGAGUCGGUUGUGAAUGUUCUAAGGAACAACCUCCAGCAGGCUAUCUCACAGGGAGUUGAACAAGGGAAAGAAGGUUUUGGGGACAGUGAGGUUGAUGAUGCUGCCUCAGGCAUUGACCCCAAUAACUUGCUGAGCAUCCAUGGCGUGCCGAUGAAAUCUACUGGAAAGAAGCAGCAAGGCUCGGAGGAUCACAUGAUUUGCAGGUCAUGCAAGGCAAAGGAGGUUUCAAUGUUGUUAAUGCCUUGUAGGCAUCUGUGCUUGUGUAUGGACUGUGAUGCUUUUGUCAGUGUUUGUCCUGUAUGCCAAAUGAUGAAAUCUGCUAGUGUCCAAGUGUUUCUUUCUUAACCUACAAAAGGGUAAGUACUUAAAAAAAGGGGGCGAAAAUGAAAAAUGCAAGGAAAACACAUCAUCCUACCGUCUCUGUGACUGUUGUGUGAUAUCUGCUAAUUUAUGAAACUUAUGAGUGAACUUGUCAACAUAUCACUUGACUUCAAAAGAUGUUACUAUCCAAUUUGCUUUGUCAGAUCA